UUGAGGUCUAUAUUCACCACUCUCUAAUCUCUAUACAUUGCUAGCUAACACAAAUUUUCUUUUUCCAACCAUGUCACUAAAAAUAGCUGCAGACAAUUUCCCACCAUUGCUGGUCGGCGAGACGGAGAAUUUUGUGGUGGUGAGAGAGUAUGAUGAAGGUAGAGACAAGGUGGCUGUAGAGGAAAUGGAAAAGAGGUGUGAGAUUGGCCAAAGGGGAAAGCCUUCACUUGUUACUGAUCUUAUGGGCGAUCCGAUUUGUCGGAUUCGCCAUUUUCCAUCUCAUGUUAUGCUUGUUGCUGAAUCCGGUGAAGGAGGAGAGAUGGCAGGGGUAAUAAGAGCCUGUAUAAAAACCGUGACAAGAGGAAGUUCAGGUUAUGUAAAGCUGGCUUAUAUUCUGGGAUUAAGGGUUUCUCCUUCUCACAGGAGGCUUGGCAUUGGCAUAAAAUUGGUUCAAGAAAUAGAAAACAGGUGUAAGCAACAAGGUGCAGAGUAUUCAUACAUGGCUACAGAUUGCACCAAUGAAUCUUCCAUCAAUUUGUUCACAAGAAAAUGUUGUUACACAAAAUUUAGGACUCUUACCAUGCUAGUGCAGCCGGUUCACGCGCAUUACAAGCCAUUAGGCUCCGGCAAUGCAACAAUCCGACUCACACCAAAACUCGCAGAAACAAUUUACUCUCGAGUGUUUGUCGAUGCAGAAUUCUUCGCUAAAGAUAUUGGCACAAUUUUGUCUAGUAAGCUCAAUUUGGGCACAUUCAUGGCUGUGCCCAAGAAUUGUCUCCCUCAAUGGGAUCCGAAAACAGGAAUCCUGCCCUCAAAUUUCGCCAUACUAAGCGUAUGGAACACUAAAGAAGUGUUCAAAUUACAAGUCAAGGGAGUGUCUAAAUUAACGCAUGCAUGUUGCACAGGCUCUAGGUUGUUAGAUGCUUGGAUGCCAUGGCUAAGGCUGCCUUCAUUUCCUGACGUAUUUAGACAAUUCGGUGUUUAUUUCUUGUACGGGCUACACAUGGAGGGUAAAAAUGCACCGCGGCUCAUGAAGUCUCUAUGUGCAUUUGCACAUAAUAUGGCUAGAGAUGAUGAUGGGUGUGGGGCCGUGGUGGCUGAGGUGGGCCAGAGGGACCCUGUUAGGGAGGUGAUCCCUCACUGGAGGAAAUUCUCAUGGGCUGAAGAUUUGUGGUGCAUCAAGAAGCUUGCUGAUGAAAAACCAGAUGUUGAUAGAGAAUCUGAGACGCCGGAUUGGAUGAAACGUGGAUCUUCUUCACCGGUCAUUUUUGUUGACCCACGGGAUAGUUGACCGCCGCAUGCCAUCGUCAACACAUACAUAGAAUAAAAGUAUAAAAAGGAAAAAUAAGUAUCUUCUUGUUCUAUAGAUUUUUCUUCAACCCUCAAAGUAUGUCUGUCAAGGUUGACGUUUUUAAGUCAUUUGAACUCAGUUGCAAGGCUUUGAUCCAUCCUGUUUCAUGGGCAACGAACGGCGGGGGUCUCCUCUCUCCACCAACUGUAGCGAAGACGGUACUCCGCCUAACAUUGAAGAUGGCAGCGGGAUCGAGUACGAAUGCUUUUAUUAUAUGUGAGCAUGGCAUUUAGGGUUUUAUUUUAUGGUUGGGUUCCGGAGCGUAGCGCUUGUGGGUUCUUUAUUGUUUAAUUUGCGAUGGAGAUCAGCAUGCUUUCAUUUCUUGAAGUAUCUU